CUCGGCUUGACUUGGAAUUGAAGCUGUUUUUCUCUCUAUAUGAUUUUAAUUUUGUUUGAUUUCACAAUGGAGGCAACAAAAAAUGCGAACAACAAAACUGUAAAGGAUGCAAGCUAGUGUGAGGGUAGUUGACUGAGAUGUGUCCUCAUAACAGUACCGACCGAGGUUCAUGAUUUGCUGCUCCAUGGUUAUCCAGCACCGGUCGUACUCCUCUAAUGCUGCUGCCUGCUAAGACAACAUCUGCUGUAGGGAAGAGAGUAAGAUUAUGUACAAAGUAAGAGAGUUGGAACAAACUUCACCAUUUGUUCGUAAGAUACACUUUGACGAAUUGUGGCUUUAUAAAAAUCCACGAACACCAUCUUAUGUCCCUACAAGCAUUUUAUGGCCUCUUGUGUUUGCAGUCCCAACGUCAGUGAUGUUUCUAUACUUUAUAAAGAAGAGGGAUAAAACAGAGUUCAGUCAGUCUCUUUUAUCCUUGUCCCUGGCUUUAGGACUGAAUGGUGUUAUUACAAAUAUAAUAAAGAUUAUUGUUGGUCGACCACGCCCCGAUUUCUUCUAUCGAUGUUUUCCUGAUGGUCAUCACCAUGACCUAGAAGAUGCUGCUGAUAUUGGUUCGUUGUGUACUGGUGAAGUAGGUACAAUUGAAGAAGGACGUAAGAGUUUCCCAAGUGGACAUUCAUCAUUUUCAUUUUGCAGUUUGGGAUUCCUGAGCUUAUGGACCUGUGGAAAAUUAAGUGUGUUUUGUGGGCAGCGUAGUCAAGGAUGGAAACUUGUAAUUGGCAUUACACCCAUUGUAUGUGCCUUAAUGAUUGCACUCUCUCGUACCAGUGAUUAUCAUCAUCACUGGCAAGAUGUUUUGGUCGGAUCUCUGUUGGGUUUAUUAAUAGCCUAUCUCUGCUAUCGGCAGUAUUAUCCAUCGUUAACGUCACGGCACUGCCACCUUUCAUAUGUAAUGGUCCCUACACUUUUCUAUGGUGACUCAAGUAAUGUUAAAAAAAAUACAGAAAACUCGCCAUCUGUUAUGAUUGAUCCAGACUCUUCCAUGGAAGAACAGAUUAAGUGGAUUUAACAUUAUAGGUACUGGAGUGGUUUAUUUAUUUUUAUUGUUUUAUUAUGUACUUAAAAACUAUUUUGUGGAUGAAAAUAUACGCAAUUGCAAAUAUAUUUUGUGUGAAAAAAUAUUUACUAAACUAUAAUUUUGUUGUAAUAAAUAUAUUUAAUAA